GAAAUUUAUAAAUAAGAAUUUAUCUAUCGAGAGAUAAGUCUCGUGUGAUUGUUAAAAGAUCAUCGCCUGAUCUGUGACAUCACAUAUCAUUGAUGAACGAUCCCAUCCGUAUACUCGUUCUAAUUGGUGUAAAUAAAUAAGACCAUUAUAGCGUCAUAGAAUAAUACUUGAACUUAGAGGACGAAUCGAGAGAAAACGACCAAUGAGAAGCCGAUGUAUAUGAUUGAUUCUGGAUCAUAAAUAGGUGUGCGCGUGUAUCGAUUUCAGUAUUUUUGUAAAGAUGUCGGAAGAAAUACUUGUUACCACCUCCGAUAGCGAUAGGGAAAAUAUCAACGAAUUUAUCGUCCCGGACGGCGAUUUAACGAAAAAAAUAGUCGAUUUAAUCGAGUUCUAUUUUUCGAACGAAAACGUUCUAAAAGAUAAAUUUCUUCUUAAACAUCUUAAAAGGAACAAGGAAGGAUACGUGAGCAUAAAGCUGAUGACUUCUUACAGAAAAGUCAAGACUUUAACAAGAAACUGGCAAGUGGUGGCUUACAGUUUGAAUACUUCGGAAAUGUUGGAAGUGAACGCAGAAGGCACUCGAGUUCGUAGAAAGGAGCCACUUCCCGAAUUGGAACAACCGGUUUGUUCGAAAAGUGUUCUGGCAUGCGAUCUGCCUUUCCACAAAGCUACAGUAGAAAAGGUUGGUGGUCUUUUUUCGUCUUGCGGCGAAAUUGCACUAUUACAGAUAUUGAGACCGGGUGGUAACGUCCCAGAAAAUGUCAGGAAAUUGAGCUGCAAACAUCCGAAUUUAUUAAAAAACGUUUGCGCAUUAAUCGAAUUCGAAAAUGAACUUUCCGCGCAGAAAUCUUUGCAAGUUAAGGAUGUUCGAGUGUUACCUUUGCCAGAAUCUGAAACGUGCAAAAACAAGAGGAAGAAGCCAAAAUCGAAACCCAAAGACAUUAUAAUUAGCCGGAACGAAAUUCAUUCCGGAUAUCGCUCUUCUAGUGUUUCUUCCGGUUAUCUAUCUACCUCUCCUAGGAGAGGUUCUGACUGUGAUAGCAGAUGUAACUCACCCGUAUUAAUCACCAACUUUAGUCGAAGAUACACUCUUCCAACUGUAGUCAAUCAGAACAGAAGGGAGAACAGGUUGGAACUGAUUUCUGAACAUAAAAUUUCAAAUUACAUAUUGAGAUUACCGAAAGGACCAGAUGACACUAAAGGUUUUAGAAGCAGGAAGGUUGUGGUGAGGGGGAGUUUUUAAUUCUCCUCUUGUAUAUAGGUUCAAUCUGAAUGAUAAAUCAAAAUUUUUCAACGUAGUAUAAUCGGGCAAAGAACUUAGAAUGGAAAAUAGCACGAAAUAGCAUCUUAUCCGAUUGUAUAUAUUUAUAAAACUGUAUACAUCCAAUAUAUUAAUAAUUAAUAAUAUUUAUUUGUAUAACAAAAUUAAAUAGUCCAAAAUAUAUUUAUUUAUUUCAUAAAAAGAAAUUCUAUUUUCAAAUUGUUUCAAUAUGAUUGUGUUUUUAUACACGUGUCUACCACAGUAAAUUCGGAAUCAUUUAAAAUAAAGAUGAAAAUGUCGAUGAUGCCGACGUUGAUUCUGAAUUUCAUUUUUAUUUUACCGUAUAUUUUAUAAAUAAAUAAAAUUAUUUACAGAUCGAAGUUCUACAAUAUUUUUUUAAUUAUCUGGACGGUCGAAUGACUUACUGUAAAAGGUAGCACCUACCGCUCGGGUCGAAAAACUCCAGGAACUUUUCGGUCCCUGUCCUUUAUCAUUCGGCCGCCCCAUUGUAGGUAUUAAUUAAUAGAUCUGGCUGAAUUUACAUUUAAAAUAAUGCGAUUAAUACUACAAGUAAUUUUUUAACUAUCCGUUCUAUGGGCACUAAGGCAGCAUUUUCUCAUGCCCAUUGUGGGUUCGGCCAAGCUGGGUGGUGAGAAGUGGGGCCCGGCAUAUCCGAGAAAUAUAGCCCAUGAAAAAAUUUCCGGGGUUCUCCGACAAGAUUCGAUCGUGGAUCCUCCAGAGAGGCAGCUGACGCCUUAACUUCCUCGACCAUCCGGCU